AUGAAGGUCUUCGCGGUGCUCGCCAUCUUUGCUUUCACUGGUUGCAAUGCCAACAUCGUAUGGCAGGAGCAGCCCAAGCAGCAGCUGGACAUGGUGAAAGAUGCUUUCUGGGACUACGUGGCCAAGGCAACGCUCACCGCUGAGGACUCUCUGGAGAAGAUCAGACAGUCGGAGCUGGGAAAGGAAGUCAACGCCCUGAUCGUGGAGAGCACCGAUGCCGUCAACAAGUUCAGCGACGCCCUGCGCACUCAGGUGACUCCUCUGACCCAGAACCUCCUGACUCAGCUUUCCCAGGAGGCCGAGCAGCUGAAGGCCCGUCUGGAGGAGGACCUGAGCGGCGUGAGCGCUAGCCUGAGUCCCUUCGCCGAGCAGCUGAGAGCGGACCUGCAGAGGCAGGUGGAGGAGCUGAGGAGCGAAGUGGCCCCCUACGCCGAGUCCAUGGACCCCGAGGCCAUGAGGGUCGCCCUGCUGCAGAAGAGCCAGCAGCUGAAGGAGAGCCUGGACAGGAGCAUGGAGCAGCUGCAGGCCCAGAUGGUUCCCUACACCGAGGAGCUGAGGCAGAAGAUGGAGCACAGCCUGGAGGAGUUUCAGAGCAGCAUGGUCCCCCUGAUGCAGAACUUCCAGAGCCAGAUGGUCCAGAAAAGCCAGGAGCUCCAGCAGAACCUGGCCCCCUUUGGAGAGGAGCUGAGGGCCAAGCUGGACGUCAACACCCAGAACCUGAAGGAGCAGCUGACCGCCCUCUGGGAGUCCUUCACCAAAAUGACCCAGUAAAUGGAUGAACAUCUACGCUACACCUGCUAGAACCAGCUCAAAGACGAUCUGUGUGUGUUUUUCCCAUCGUACUGCCUGUUGUAGCAAACUCUGUUGAAUCAUGGCCGUGGCUGUGGGACAGAUAAAAAGUGCAAUAUUAACACCUUAGCUGCUAAGCUCUUGAUAUCAAAGGCAAUAAUUUGAGCAAUGUCAGUAUUUUUUAGUCAGCUGUGAAAGUGUUUACAAGUGUCUGCUUUAUGUAAAACAAAAAUAAACAUGUU